AUAGAAAUCAACUCACAGCACUGGUACUUGCGAGUUGUCAGGCACUCGUACUACAGUGUUGUAUUUCGUCCUAUACCUUAUAAGAAUUACAACGCUAGUGACCGAACUAACUAAAUAAUGGACGCUGACAUCGAGCAUUUGGUGCUCUCAGGCAAGCUAUUCGGGACAAACUCACGCUCCUCCUCUCCCGAGCGCAGCCCCUCUCCAACACUUUCCUUCGCCUCUGCCUCCUCAGAUUCCUCCUACCGCCGCACCAAGCAGCAGCCUGAUGUGGCGCAACAAGAGUCGAUCGGGAUGGGUCCUGGGCGUACAGGUGUAAAAGGCGUCAUCCGCGAUCAACACGAAGCGGCUACGCUACAAGCCGAACGGCGCGCAAGAGAGAUGGAGGAAGUGCGUAAGCGAAUGGAGAGGGCUAAUUUAGGUGGUAAAACCUUUUUGGAGGAGGAAGCGGAGAAGGAGGCGCUGGACGCUGAGAGGGCUGAAAGGCGGACGGAUAUGUUAGGUCUUCCAAAAACUGGGCGGUUUGGGCAUUUGAGAGAGGUCGGUCGUGGGGGGUUUGUGAGUGCUGUGGAGAGGGAGGAUCGAGGUGUUUGGGUGGUUGUGCAUUUGUAUGAGUCGUCCCUGGAUCGGUGUUAUGCUCUUGAUGAUGUGCUGGCGCGACUUGCGCGGACGUAUCCUGAGACGAAGUUCUCAGCUGGCUCAUCGUCGUCUCGAGUGAGUCGGUCAAAGUCGGAUGGCAUGCCUGGGAAAUUUGAUGCAGAAGAGGAAGAGGACGUUGAUACCGACGUGCUACCAACUCUACUGGUAUAUCGCGACGGUGAGCUCGUGCAUAAUUGGGUACGUGUAGACUGGGAAGCAGGGCAGGCAGGACGAAACGUUAUUUCAUCAUUCAGGUCGACUGGCAAUUGCGGCCUGCCAGAAGAUGAUGGGGAUGAUCUGAUAUGGAGCGAUGAAGAGGAUAGAGAACGAUGACCCGAGAUUGGGUGCUUACUGUCCAGGUUCAACUUCCGUGCCAUCCCAAAAUUCAUCCCCGUCCCCCUGCGUCUCCCAAUUUCGGGGAACCCAUUCUCUGAUACUGAGUGUAUGUUAUCUAAUAGCACGUAAACUUGUUGUAUACCCGCGGCCGGUACUGUUCCUCAGGACUCCACAAUAGGACCUCAUCGCUGUCUGAUUUCCAUGGAGUCGCUACGUUGGAUGUACAUGAUUAUAUUGCUAGGAUCCGUAGUAGCAGGAGAUAUAUAUGUGACAUCGUACAGUCUGCUGAGUGCAAUCGUAUUUACCGAUUACUAUUAGUUCCUUGGUUGAAAUCAA